CUCUUGGGUUCCCGCUAAACUGUCCUAGAAAGAAACUCCAGGCAUUGACACCUCCCAUCCUCGUGUAUUGCCAGAGUAUGAUCAGGGAAUGGGAGAAUGGCUUCCAGAAGACUGGGAAACAGAGGCCCCAAGAAAGGAAGGCUGCAGAGGGCAGGUGGAGGAUGAGUGGAGCGCCAGUCAGAAUGUAUAACACAAGCGAUUCCUUUUGGGAUAAAGCCCCCCUGUGCUGUCAGCGGGGUCUGAGUCCUACUUCGCCGUUGGGGAUAUGGACCAAAUCCUACAAAUCAGAUCCACGCAUCGCCCUCGGAAAAUACUCCCCCUUGGAAAAAGAGAUCCUACGGCUGGGUGGUGUCCACACCGCGGCGGCAAGGAGAUUUCUGACCCACAAGCAAGCGGAGGAGUGGGAAAUGCUCAAGGAGCUCCAGUCACUGUCUCCGGACUACAAGCGGGCGCUGGAGUUCGGAACACAGCAUCCCCGUCCCUGUGCCGCCUGCAGGCCCCUGGAAAAACUAUGGACGGCCAAGGUGAUCGUGCCCCCAGAGGAGUUCAGAAUGCCCCAGCGCGAGAAGCUCACUGUCGUCAGGCACGUAGAACGGAUGCAGCUUGCUCGAGCCCUACGGAAUAAGCAGCUGUUGCCCUACAUCGAGAGGCUCAGGGGCUCUUCAUUUCUGUCUGGAGGGGGCCUGGGCCCAACGGCAAAAGACAAGACCAGGGAAGACGAGGACAGCGAGGUUGUGGCUUUCUACGACUCUGCCAAGCAAGAGGAGAGAGGCGAGGCAGAGAACGAAGCCACAAGCAGACAAGAAAUAAAAAUGAACGUCAUCUUCAAGUCAGAAGAACCGAGACAAUGUCUCACACGCCAUCCAAAUGAUCAGAAACCGUUCUUCCCCACCAAGAAAGCGGAACGGUCCAUCACUGGCCUAACCAACCGAAAUCUUUUCCGCUUAGCUGAGUUCCCUGGUGACCUAAUGCUGAUGAGUCAGGAUUUUAUUUCCCGGGGGGUCUACCCCGCUGAUAUGACAAAGGCCAGCCUCCUGGGGGAAGACAGCAUCUGGAAAGGGUACGCGCACAAAGCUCUUUAGUAUUAAAGUCUUACUUAUUGCCAUAGUAACCAAA